CCUGGGUAGACGAAUGAACCAUACUGAAACGAACGUGUAGCAGGAACCUAGAUCAGACAUCGGCCCGGAUUCAUCACGCACCAGGCCCCGAGAUCAGAAGAUACAAAUAGAGAGCAUAAACCUCGGACCUCACUUCAACUACAACUCGAACUUCAACAAAGUUAACGCCUACGACGAAGACUCAAGCUAAGAUCAACGAAUAGCAUACACUCCGUCUGCGUUCAAGGAACGUUCGCGACUUCGAUCCACCUCGAUCACAGCAGCAUACAUCCCACACACACUUCCACCAUGUCCCUCAACUCCCCAACCUUCGACAUAAACACCUGGACCUGGUCCCCGUCCUCCUACCCCUCCCGCCGUCCUCCCUCCAAUCUCAACCGCACCUCUUCAAAUCGUAAACCGGGAACACCGGCACCGAUCAACAUCCCGCUCUUCCGUGUCGAGAACGAUGAUUUCCUCGGUCUUAAGCCCUUGCCUCGUGCUCCCGUCAAGGGAGGAGAAGCAAAGGAGGAGAUAAGGAUGCUAGCGGAGGAUUUCCAGGCGAAUAUGCUGGCGUUUGAGGGGUGUACUGGCUCCGACGACAACUCUUUCCCCGUUACGCCCGGGUUGACGGAUUCGCCUACCGACGAUCUCGAGUUCGAACACGAAGAGUGGGAGUCGCACACCGGCCUGAGCCUCGAGAACGGGAUCGAGGAGGUGGAGGAGAGCGAUGAGAGAGAUGAUUCUCUUGACGUCAACUUCGUCCACUACGGUCACCAAUGCCCAAGUCUUGACGGUGACUACUUCGAGCGUUUCGGGACCCUCCCGCCGGCUCUUUCUUCCACUGACGAUCUCCACGUCCCCUCCACCUCCACCCCCUCCAGCCUCUCCAAGGCACAGGUUGAUGUGGAGUCUAUGUGUGCGAACGCCAGCGUCUCCGCUGAUGAUCAGCGCAAGCAGAAGAGGAGGUCGGUGCAUGAGGAUCUCGAGUGGGCGCCGCAGAGGGGUAACGAACUCGCUUUCCUCCGACAGAGUCGCCGACUCUCGAAUUGCUACCCCGCGUUCGAUGCGGCUGGGGCAGUUUCUGCGCCCGCAACCCAUCUUACCUUGCCUCGUAAGUCUGUCUUUGUGCAGAGCGAGGUUAAUGUUGGAGCGGUGCAGGGCGAGGGGAUGGAGAUGCCGCGUGAUAUGGCGAAUGUGGUGAAGAACUUGCAUUCGAGUUUGAGGAAGGGGUUUGUUGACGAGUAUCAGAGGUCACCUAGGGAGGCUGCUGAGGACUUUAAUGGGCGUGGAAAAAGGCGCUCUUUGCAGUGAGCAUGCGCACAGACUCGCUGUGUUUAGAGCAUGAGCUGAAAAAGGUGUAAAUACGAGACAGGUUGGAAUGGUAGGACAAGGGAAAGGGACAUUUGGGGCGUUUCAUAUGUUAUUGGCAUUGCGAUUUUGUGAUUGGUGUUUGCUACAGUUAGUUUCUUUUUCAUUUCUUUUUUCUUUUGGUCAAGGGUUUGUCGGUUAUGUUUGCGGGGUCCGUUUUGUUAGUUCCAGGUUACUUGUUGUAUAUAUACGGGAAUGUAAUGCAGUUU